UUUUUUUAUUCGUCUCUUCCCCCCCCGCUACUUCUUGUCCUUCUUCCGUUCUCCCCCCCCUUUUUUUUUUCUUUUUACAUUCAACCUUUAUUUGUCAUCCAAAAAUGAUUAGACAAAUUGCACGUACUUCAAUCCAGCAAGUAGCAAGACCCACUUUAUUUUUAACUAGAACAACUUAUAUACCUAUAUUGAGACGUAGAAUAGUGUUUUGUAAUAAACUUGAUCAACGCUCAUUUAAUACAAGUAGUAUACGAUGUAUGAUUAAUAAUGAUAAUAAUAAUGACAAAUCAUCUUAUUCAGUAACUACAUUAACAACAGACAGAUACCAUCGUUUAUCAGAUGAAAUAUUAGAACAUAUCAUUAGUGUUUUAGAAGACAUAAGUGACGAAGUGGAUAUAAAAGGGUUUGAUGUAGAAUAUAGCCAAGGUGUGAUGACACUAUCUCUUGGUGAAAAGGGAACUUAUGUGGUCAAUAAACAGCCACCCAAUCAUCAAAUUUGGCUAUCAUCUCCUAUUAGCGGUCCACAAAGAUAUGAUUAUGACGAAAAGUAUCAAAAAUGGUUUUAUCAUCGAGAUAAUCAUACAUUAGAUGAAGUUUUAAAUGCAGAGUUAUCGCAAGCGUUAGGAAGGGAUGUUAAUGUACUUGAAGGAUUUGAGCCCGAAGAAAAAUAAAAAGUACAAUGUAUAAUUGUUCCUUAUUUAAGAAAGGAAAAGGAUAUAUAAAAAUCAAGUAGAGUAUAUAACAUACAAAUAACACUUGUAAUGAAUCAUCUUUAAAAUAGAAGACAUUCUCUUGCAAAAUAAAUAAAUAAAAU